CGGAAUGUUUGGUCACGUGAUACAAAAUCCUGCUGCAUCUUGAAUUUCAAUUAAAAAUGUGAUUUAAAAUACAAUCUUAGCCUAAAUGUGAUGUCUGAUUUAGUGCGGCAACACAAUAUUGUGUAUGUUGAAGAAUAACCUUGAUGCUGGCGAUUAUCACUAUAUGGCAUGAGAUCUAUGGCAGACUGUGAGUGGAGGGACCCCCUGUGAGAGAUGGCUCUACCUGUUGCAGCGACUGUGUGUAUCGUGCUGGCCUGUUGGGUUGUUGUUGUCCUUGUUCUGUUUGCACUGUAUCAUUUCCUGAAGAAAAGACCUCCGACGCGAAGCAGCUGGGAAUGUUGCCCCAGUGAUUGCAGGAUUGAAGUGGAGAGAAUAGACACGGAUGGCGUUGUGUACGUGAUAAGCAAGCCUGUCUCAUGCCCGGAGUGGCUGUGCUUCCACCUGGUUCCCUGCUAUGAUGGGGUUGCUUGCCGCUGCUGUGGAGGCUGGGAUCUGGGGGAUUGUUGCUGCAGAUGGUGUCGCUGUGAGGUCUGUGGGAGAUGUCUGCAGGACCUGAGGGCCAGGAACUGGUGUCCCUCCCUCCGCUACUACAUACAACACAGGUGCUGCCCGAGGUUUGAGGUCUGCGUCAAGGUGUGGCAAGGGUUGAAAUUUUGCUUUUGCCAAAUAAAGGACAUUUGUGUGGCAUUUGUCAGCGGUUGCAGAGAAUGCUGUUCAAAGUGCACCAGUUGGAUAGGGGAUCGUGUUUCAAGUGCAUGUCCUUGUUUACGGAAAGGUUGUUGUUGUUUAUUAGCUAAUGUAUACGGAUUAUUUUUUUUAAUAUUUGCUGGAAUUGCAUUAGUUUGUUUUAAAGUUGAAAAUGGGUGUAACCGCUGUGUCCUUAGUUGUAGGAAUCUUUGCAUUAACUGCUGUGAAGCAACUGGAUUAGCUAAGAUUUGGAGAAUCAUCCAGCCCAAGUAUUUCACCUGCAUGAAGUGCCCAUCAUUAACUUGUAAUGCUAUAGAGCGUGUGGAUAAUUGUUGCAGAUCCUAUUUCAAAAACAUUGGAAAUGCUUGUUCAUGUAACAGCCAGGAUAAAGAUCCUUGCAUUAUUUCCAUAAAUGAGAAUUACUUUCGCUUAUGUGGAAACGAUUGCUGUCCAGAUAUUGUUCAUGGUGAUGGCAAAGCAGAUGUGUUGGGUGUGCGUAUUUAUGGCUGGCACUCGUACGAUAUUACAGGUACUCCUCAGUACUUCUGUUUGGAAUGUGAUGGCUGCAGAAUAAAAUUCCACCCUAAGAACUUGCUAUUUGAAAGCCUGAUAAAGCUGGCAAAUCUGGUUUACUUUCUGGUGUAUAAUGUUCUUGCUGUUAGCUUGGCCCUCAUUGCCUCCACCUUGGAAUGUUUCUGGAAUCUGAUUGUCAAAAUCCUGGCUUUAUUUUUUGUCUCUUGUUGUAUCAAUAAAUCAGAUGCAAUGAACGAGAUGAACUGUUACUGUCUCCAUUGUGAAAGAUCAGAGGAGAAAUAUGAAAAAUGCUGCGGAUGUUGUCAUUGGGAGAAAUCAGAGGUUGUUACAAGUCAGCCGGGGUCGUCAAGGAAACGCCGCCGCCGACCUUCCAGUCGAAAUUUUGGCUCAGGUAAGAUCAGGAAGCAUUCAAAACACGGCCCUGGAAUGUCUCCCAGACACAGCAGAGGACACCGCAGGUCCCAUCACAAAUAUAUUGGCAGAGAUACGGAAAUAAAAAGCCAUGAUAAAGUUAUUGAUGAACAGGCUUUCCAAGCUAUGAGUAAAAGAUCGUUUACACAUGAAAAACAUGUAAACAUAAAUGCAAAAUUAUUGAAGAAUGUCGAUGUCCCUAGAGCAAGUACUUCAGGGAGCCCAAUGAAUGUAAGUGGAAGCCCUGCAUCCAAGCGCGGCAGCCUUCCACUUAACCAGAACUUUGCAUCCAAUACACCAAUAAGUGAGGCAUCUUUCCAGAUAACUUCUCAGCCAGACAAGUUGGUCACCAGUGACAGACUUCAAACACCCAGAAGAGCACGGUAUUCACAGAAACAUGGGUACCAAAACAGCCCAUCCUCGUCCACAUCUUCUAGUGAUGAUACGGAUGACAAUUAUUAUAAUAAUGAUUAUGAUGAUGAUGAUAGUGAUGAUGAUGAAGAUGAUGAUGAAGAUGAUGAUGGUGAUGACGGUGAUGAUAUGAUAUAUGAAUCUGAUGAUGAUGUCUUCAGUGAUGAUGAAAUCAUCUCCACUGCUUUCUCUCACACUAAAAAGAUGACACUUACAAAGGUGAAAGAUGGGAACAACUCAUAUUCUUAUGGGGAACACGUAGUGAAGCAAGAACCGACUAUGAGUCCCAAUGUUAAAAUAAAACAUCAAGUGAACAAAGAGGAUAUUACUGGUUCAUCCCAGUAUGUAAAUAUUGAACACUAUGUUAACAUGCCAAGCAGUGUGGAAGAUGUUGCCAACUCAGAUAUUGGUACCGUGUUGAAUUCCUCCCUCCAGGAAACCAAGCAACAGAUAACGACAGAUGAUGGAAACACUGAACUGUAUUUUACAGUUAACCAUCGUGUAAACUCGCCACCUAGUGGAACAGACAUGGCAGGUUCUGAUAAUGACCCGGCCUCAACUGCUGGUGAACUGAUUUUAGAAGAUCUGGAAUACACCUCAGAUUAUUCUGGUCAGGGUAUUAACAUGCCUGAAACAUCCUUGUGAACACACAACAGUACACCAUUACAAAUCCGAAUGUCUGAGACUAUCAGAUGAACUUGAACAAGUAACUACACCCUAUUACAAAUCGGAAUGUCUCAGACUACCAGUUGAACUUGAACAAGCAACUGUACUCCAUUACAAAUCAAUGUCUGAGACUACCAGAUGAACUUGAGCCCGCAACUGUACCCCAUUACAAAUCUGAAUGUCGGCGGGUACCAGAUAAACCUGAACCAGCAACUAUCCCCCAUUACAAAUCCGAAUGUCUGAGACUACCAGAUGAACUUGAACAAGUAACUAUACCCUAUUACAAAUCCGAAUGUCUCAGACUACCAGAUAACUUGAACACGCAACUGUACCCCAUUACAAAUCUGUAUGUCUGAGACUAUCAGAUCAACUUGAACACGCAACUGUACCCCAUUACAAAUCCAUAUGUCUGAGACUACCAGAUCAACUUGAACACACAACUGUACCCCAUUACAAAUCCAUAUGUCUGAGACUACCAGAUCAACUUGAACACACAAUUGUGCCCUAUUACAAAUCCGUAUGUCUUAGACUAUCAGAUCAACUUGAACACACAACUGUACCCCAUUACAAAUCAAUGUCUGAGACUACCAGAUGAACUUGAGCCCGCAACUGUACCCCAUUACAAAUCUGAAUGUCGGCGGCUACCAGAUAAACCUGAACCAGCAACUGUACCCCAUUACAAAUCUGAAUGUGCGGCGGCUACCAGAUAAACCUGAACCAGCAACUGUACCCCAUAACAAAUCCGUAUGUCUGAGACUACCAGAUAAUCCUGAACUCGCAACUAUACUCCAUUACAAAUCUGAAUGUCGGUGGCUACCAGAAAAACCUGAACCAGCAACUAUACCCCAUUACAAAUCAAUGUCGGCGGCUACCAGAUAAACCUGAACCAGCAACUAUACCCCAUUACAAAUCAAUGUCUGAGACUACCAGAUAAACCUGAACCAGCAACUAUACCCCAUUACAAAUCAAUGUCUGAGACUCCCAGAUAAACCUGAACCAGCAACUAUACCCCAUUACAAAUCAAUGUCGGCAGCUACCAGAUAAACCUGAACCAGCAACUACCGGUAUACCCCAUUACAAAUCCGAAUGUCUAAGACUACCAGAUAAACUUGUACACGCAACUGUACCCCAUUUCAAAUCCAAAAACCUAAAGCAAUCAGGUGAAAAUAAAACAUGAUUGACCGAACAAAUCUAACUUGCUGUAUUCUAUUAAUUUAUUAAAAAGCUGAUUUUUUUACUGUUGGGUUUGUAGGAUUUGGAUUGCAGAAUGGAAAUGUUCAAUAUUUAUUUAGAAAGCCAUCGGUCCAUUUUAUUUUUUUAAGUGUUAAUCCUUAUAUUUUUAUUUAUCAAAUGUUUCCAUAUUUCACAGGUAUCACAAUGCAUUUUCUUUGUCCAAAUGUUAUUUUGUUUUGAAUCAUUCUAUUCCAAUGUGCUUGUGCACGCUUUUCCAUGAUAUUCUUCCAAACAUGUAAUUUAUUUAUUUCGUAUCUUUUAACUCUUUCAGUGCAGGAACCGAAUUUUGAAGGCCUUUGCAAACAGUUUGGAUCCAGAUGAGACGCCACAGAACGUGGCGUCUCAUCAGGAUCCAAACUGUUUGCUAUUCGGAUUGUAUUCUUUGAAAAUAAUCGAAGAAAAUGCUAAUUUUAGAAAUUUAGCAGACAACAUUUUAGCAGAAGACAAAUUUCCCAGGGUUAAUACAUUCAAGAGUUAAAGGGCAAUUAAACUUUUUCUGCAAUUUAGCUUUUAAAUUAUUAGUUUGAUGACUUUUAUCAUCAUUAUGAAAUCAGUGUAAAAGUUAUUUGAAUGUCUAGCUUGUAAAAUAUAUAAUGGUGAAAUGUUGCUGAUCACUGAAUUUUAUUUUUGGUAAUUGUUAUGUUGUUUGAAUAUUUAAUUUCCUAUUUUAUAAAAAACUGCAAGUUUGUAUACCUAAUCAAACAAAAUUUGAAGGGUCUAUUUUGGUGUCAGUCUGUCGGUCUGUACAUCCACUGAAAAUUUUGGUUUUUAAAUAGAAAUGCGCCCACAUUUCUUAAGCAGUUCAACCAUGAAAUCUUUGAAUGCAUACACUGUUUUAAGGCCCAAUGAUCCACACUUUUCUAUUACUCGCCAUUGAACUUGAAAUUUAGCCAUGGUCAGCGUCAUUUGAAAUAUGUCAAUAUCAUGAAGUGUAAACAUACUCAUGCUCAAUUAUCCUUUUAUAUGUAUGUGCCCUUAAACUUAGACAUGGUCAUGACUACCAGUUAACAUGUUAUACGAUUAUGGAGUAAACUUUUAUAAUUCUCAAGUAAUUAAAUUGAAACUUAAUAUAUGUAUAAAAUAUAUUCAAAUCUUCAUGAUGUGUAGAUUUGCAAGGCACGUGCAUUAAAUUUCUUUAAUAAAUAAUAAUAAACAUAAUAAAAAAGGUAUGUGCCAUUGAAUGUGCCCAAGACAAAGUUGUGAGAGCCUGUAUGACAAAGAUCUAGUUGAUGAAUAUUCCUUCCAAAUGUGUGAUUGACAAUAGUUGUUAUGUUUAAGUAGCAUUAACAAUUGCUAAUAUCGGUAUUGCCUGGAAGUAAUUGUUAGAGGCAUUGUUUAUAUUCCGAAAUGUUCCUGUUGUGGAUUAUCAUGUUAAUUAUUUCCGAAUUAUAGUUAAAUUUUACACCAUUUUUAAUGUUUACAAGACUUUUAUUAUUAAAGAUUGCUGUUCUUAAUUAUUUACUGUUCAAUAAUAAGCAUAAACACCAUUUAUAAUUUAUAUUUUUAUGAUACAUGCUCAUGUAUUUAUGAAAAUAGAAAAAUAUAAAAAGUCUUAUUACAUUGCGCGUAAAAUGCAAAUAAACAUGAAUUAUUGUA